CUUGCAUCGUUAGCAUCAGUGCAACACAUUGCCAAGCAGUACCAAGUAGCUGCAUACCCUGCAUACUUUACUUGGGUAAAAGGCAAGCCGUUAGUGUAGCCGACGGGUGUGUGUUGCGCUUUGUCCCAUCCACAGCGCUUGCGAAAUACCCUAACACUCAAGGCAUUCGCAUUUAACGUUGGCGCCUCAUUGAAAACUAUCAAUUGUUUGCGCAUCCGCUAAAUUAACCGUCGGCCUUCCACUUUUGUCGCGCCGCCGCCGUCUCGCUUACUCUGGCACCCGCUUUCAACUUUCUUGAGCGUUUAGACGGCUCCUAGCUGACACUAACCGUAUCGGCACAUCGCACUUACUGCGGGUGCUCGGCGAACGUUCGCGCUGAGAUGGAUCCCAAGCUAGCGGAGGCCAUUGGCCAGUACACGGCCUACUUCGAACCUCAGGAGGACGGCAAGCUCAAAUGCCUCGUCAACGGACACAGCUUUCCAGCCAACCGACCGGAGCAAAUAGUUUUUUUCGUCAACGGCGCUCGCUUUGCCAAGAUGAAGGUUCGAUAUGAUGCCGAGAUGGCGCUGACCAAGUACGAGCCCUUCAUCGUGGUCAGCAAGAACUUCCCGCACAUGCUGUACUGCGCGCUAACCGGGCAGCUACUGGAGAAGAGCCUGGGGGCGGUGAAGAAGCACAUGGGCGGCAAGCGCUUUGUGCGUGCAAAGGCGCGGUUUGUAGCAGACCAGCAGGACCUGAAGCCCGAGCCCAGCCUCAGGCAAUUUGGAAUUAUACUGCCCGGAGAGGAGCCGGAGGGCGGCCGCCGGAGCAAGAAGCAGCGCAAGGGCGGUGACGGGGAUGAGGAGAUGCAGGAGGCUGGGGAAGGCGAGGAGGAUGGAAGCGAAGAUGAAGAUGAGGAGCCAGACUUUUGGGUUCCUCCAGAGGAGGCGGAAGCGCUGGCGAGCAGGCGGAGACGUGGAGGCAAGGGCGGCAAGGGCGGCGAUGCAGAUGGAGAGGAGGAGGACGGAGCUGAGGAAGAGGAGGAUGAAGAGGAGGAGGGCGAUGAAGAGGAGGAGCAGGAGGAGAGCGGCAGCGACGACUUAAUGGAGGAAGCCAGCGGAGAUGAGGGCGAGGAGAUGGAGGAGGAGGAGCAGGAGGCCCCUGCAGGGCCGAGCGGAAGAGGUGCCAACGGAGCCGCAGCUGCGAAAGCGGGGGGCAAAAAAGCUGCAGCUGCGACCCAUGGGUCAGCCGCCGCUGGUAAGAAACAACCGCAGCAGCAGCAACAGAAGCAGCAGCAGCAACGGAAACAGGCGCAAACAAGCCACAACGAGGCGGGCGGGCCGGCCAAGGAGGGCAAGCAACUAAGCAAGCGGCAGAAGAAGAAGGCGGCAGCGGCAGCGAUGGCACAGGCGGCGGCUCCGGCAUCAGACGACUUUGAUUUCGAGGCGGAAGGGAACGACGCCGGCCCCGGCGCUGAUGGGGCAGCUGCGCCAACUGCGGCAGCAGCGACUGUGAAGGCGCCAAAACAGCUGGAGAAGCAGAAGCAGCAGCCCCAGAAGAAGCAGGCACCGGGAAAGCCAGCGGCGACAACCGCUCAACCCCCAAAAAAGAAGAACGUCAACAAGCCUCCAGCUGCCAAGAAGGCCCGGCGCUAGAGCCACCUAACCAACUGUCAAGAUAAGCAAUGCAACUCUUUACUCUUAGGUCGCAAGCAGGGACUUGUCCUAUGGGAGAGCUUUGUUUCUAAGCAGCAGUUUUGCCCUAAUAACAUAUGGAAGCGUGUUGUGUGCUAGGUAGGGGUUGUUGCUCGGGUUGUGUGGCAUGACGUUGGAAAGGACUAGGCGGCUGCUUGGAUGAUAAUCCGCACACCAUGGGACGCAUUUGGCCGAGCCAGUGGAAGGGCGCAUGGAGGACUUGUAGAAGGGAACCGCGGCAAGUAUUUUUGUAUUUCGUACCUCUCUGUUUACGGGCUGACCAGAUAGUAGUACCGGUGUAUACGACAGGAGGAUUUCAGCUGGCCGCGGUUGUAGCGGUUCUGCUGGAGUUUUGGUUUAGU